GGGUCUGGGUUUGGUAAGAAUGGGGGGAAAGUGUUAAUGAGGAGACUGAGAAAAAUGGAGCAUAUAUAAUAUAUCCCUCCCAGUAUUCCAACUAUUGUGCAAUAUGACCCCCAUAACACUCAGCCACCAAGAGCCACCAACUAUCCUGUCAAUGUCAUGCAGGCAUAGCCAAGCCAGCUAAAACAUGGGGUCCUAGCCCGUGACGUAAUCAGUAUGCGCCAGUCCGUGCUCUUGCAGGGGACAUGUGUUUGUGUUGAUGAUGUCCAGGCUCCUGUCUGAGUGACAGCUAGGACGUCGCUCUCAGUCUGUGCUAUGGUUUCUUGUUUGGUGGUUCUGUAACUAUGUAUUUCAGCCGGUUCCCGAGGCUGGCCAGGUGCUACCUGCAGCCAGUGGGCCGGGGAUUGCAGCUUGCUGCGGACUCCAGGGCUCCAGCCCUCCUAUGGGUGUCCAGGUGGCCUGGGAUCCGGGCAGGCUGCAGGGCUCUCUCCAGUGACUCCAGCAAACCCCCGGAUACCUCUCUAUUUCAUCCAGUGCAACUCAGAGUCACAGAGAGCAGUGACUCUGACAUUGGGGCAGAACUCACCCAGACCCUGAAUAAGAGUAAGAUCUCAUAAACUUAUAUUAAUUCAGAUUAUUUUAUUAUUUUUGAAACAUGGUUAUACAUUUCUCUGCUAAUUAUAACAAUAUAAAAGUGAUUAUGUUAAUAACAAAUAUAGUGAUUACGAAGUUACUGCAUUAUUGUUUGAGCUUAUGAGAUUAUGUAAACAGUCAGCAUUAAAAAUGCUUUGUGUCCUUUUAACCCCUUAAGGACACAUGACAUGUCAGAAUUCCUUUUUAUUCCAGAAGUUUGGUCCUUAAGGGGUUAAAUAGGGCAGUGUUUAAUGAUGAUGUAACUGUAUAGCUGCACUGCUAUUAAAUAUCUACAAAAAGGGGAAAAAAAAGACACCUGUGUUUAAAGUAAAUUUUGCGUUAGGAGAGCCCAGUAUUCUCAGCCAGAUCUAGGUUGGACAGAAUUGACUUUGAUGCCACAUUAUAAAUGUGGGCACAGUAGUCUCUGGACACCACGCGUUGUGGCAGUUGUUGAUAAGCGGAAUGGGGACUGUACCUCCCUUUAUUCUGAGCAAAGUAAUGUCAGUGUAUCUUGGAGGUAUCUCUCCUAAGUCCCCACCUUUUUUUUUUUUCAACAGUUUUUUUGUGUUCUGGUGUAAUGAUGGUGUGAAGGUUUGUGGGAAAUGCCGAUACAUUGCGUUAUUAACAAAAAAAGAAUGUUUGUGUGCAGUUGUAUAAAUAGUCUUGCUCUGGUACUUAUAACUCAUUUUCUAUUUUCAUAGGUGAGGUGCUGAAAGUGUUAAACAAGUUCUAUAAAAGAAAGGAAGUACAGAGGUUGGGAUCAGAAAAUGGUCUGGAUGGUAAGAACCUUAAUCAUUAUGGUUUUUGUAGUUUCAGUGAAAAUGUAAUACAUUUUACAAUGUUUAGCCCCAGCAGUUGGUUGUUAUUCACUAAAUUGUAAAAUGUUAGGCAUUCACCAGGAGAUUGCAUAUAUAAGGACAAAAUAGCCCAUAACAUUGUCCAAAAAAGGGUUGUCUUUCAUGUUUACUUAAUUACUUUGUGAAUUCCUGGAAACCCUGCCACAGAUCUGUGAAAUUCCUAGCCUGUACUAUUGUCAUUUUGAGUAAAUUGUUAACUGACAUCUAUAAUGUAACACUACCAAGCAUAAGCACUAAAGCGGCGCUCAUCACCUCCACUACAUCUGACAAAGAGUCAGAAGCUCCUGCUUAGGAGCUUGUGUUGGCUCUUUUGAGCUUAGACUUGGCUCAGACAGAGAAGUUCCGGCUGUCUGUCUGAUGUUGUGGAGGCACAGAGUGGCACCUGACGGAUCCAGGUAAUUAAACCAUUCUAAAGGUGGGAUCUUGCUGAGCAAGAUAAAAGCUGCAGUCUAGCACAGGCAGGAAUGUGAUGGGACAUAAAUUCUUAGGUGCAUAGGUAAAAAAACUGAACUAAUUUAUGUCUGUUGUUUUUCAUCAAGUAGGGUUAAACUGAGAAGUUGGAGCUUUGACAUUCUGUGUUUACCUUACCCACCCAUGAGCAGCAUGUCUAAGGCAUCUGUUGUUAAACAUACUGUGUGUGCUGACACUAGACGCCAAUCUAGCACAAGACAGAUAUUGCACAAUAUCGGUUUUGUGCACAUUGCUGGUAUCCCAACUGGGAAAUUGACAGCCCAGGGAGGCGUCCUUACACAAAAUAAGAAAGGUUUUAUCUAUGGAAUGAUACUCUUUUUUUUAAAAUGAUAGGCAACAGGGACAGAGUCUCCGCACCAUGAACUAAAAUUAAGUGGUUAUGGUGCUUACAAUUUCCCUGUAGGUUUACAUAGAACAUGGGAAAGAAUAAAAUAUCAAAAUAAAUCCAUAUAAUUUUAUACACAAGUACAUGGAAAGGAAAAAAGGAACAUUGAGAUUUUAGAGUUUAUGGCCAACGGUCCUAUUUUCCACUGUGCCAACAAAUUAACACGUUUCUAAUCUCCUUUCGAUCACAGCUCGUCUCUUCCACCAAGCUUUUAUAAGCUUCCGAAAACAUGUCUUGGAGACAGACCCGUUACAAGUGGAACUGCACAUUAUUCUCAAUGACAUUUGUGCUGGGGUCGGUAAGUGAUCACGUUGUUUUAGAAUCCAUACAAUUUUUUGCCAACAAUGUAUAGAGUACUUUACUCCAGAAAAAACAUUAGCAGGCAUUUGUAAAGACAAACUCUAAUGGUGGACCAAUCUGGGGGAACAUUCUGUUGGUUUCCUUAGUGACAGCCCCACUUAUGAAACUUUGCUCCAGAAUUAUCCACUCAGGGGAUUAUGAAUCUUGAAAAAGUUCCAUAGGGUUAACCAUGUAGGCUUUCUAAACGAGCGUUCAUAACUUUGUGUUUCUCCAGAAUUCAUUGAUCUUAUUAGAUAUGCACACAUGCAAGGUAAUAUUUACAAAUACACAUUGAAUCAAAUAGCCUGUUUUAAACAAAUAUGUGUGUGUAAAUAAGUGGACUCUCUAAGUACCACAAUCAGUACAGAUUAUUGCUGACGAGGUCUUGGUGCGAAGCGUUCUCCUCUCCAGUCUUUCUUUUUUUAAACACUGAAUUUUCUAUAAAAAGGAAAAGUUAAUUUUUUUUCUCUUAAAGACAGCUCUGAGACUGCCACUACAGGUUCUUCCUUUUAUGAUCCUCACACUCGAAUGUUUAAACACUUGCCAUAGAGAAGCAUUGGUAUAAUGCACCUGAAAGAGGAGAUGUUGAUUGGCACUGUGCGGCAGUUGUUGUGCAUGCACAGUAGACUCCUCAAUACUUCUCUGUGGAGAAUCAUCGAAUUGGCUAAAAUCAUCAGUAAUAAUGAACUCAACCAAGGGGGGUGCAGAGGCUUCGGCAAGACUGGAGCAGAGUGGAGUAAGAGGCAAGUCAAUCUUCUAUGGCGUCUUCUUCUUAAAGGGAAGCCGGCCAUAAAUCUAAAAAAGCAGGAAGGAACUUUUUUUAACAGGAUUAUUCAAUAAAGUGUAAAUUGUCAGCCCUUCAAAGUGAAUUUCAAAUUUAAGGCCAAAGUAGAUGCAGUGGAAAUAUUUCCCAAGUCCGUUAUGCUUCCACGUGAAUUUUUUUUUUUUUUAUUAUAAAAUAUAUAUAUAUAUUUUUUUUAUUUUAUUUUUUAAAUGUAAUUUCCUGUAGAGUUAAAAAUAAGGCUUCAGAUGUAACCAUAUGCUGAAUUAGAAAAUCUGGGAGUUGCAUGUGGUGCCUCUAGAUAAAUAGUGAAAUGUACAGGGGAGAUAUGCAGUGGCUUUAACCCCUUAAGGACCAAACUUCUGGAAUAAAAGGGAAUCAUGACAUGUCACACAUGUCAUGUGUCCUUAAGGGGUUAAAAUGGUAUGCCAUUUCUUCGCAUAUAUAUUUCAUACAACCUCAGGGCUCAAACUUUCCACUGUCACUAGCCAAUGAUGCGUGAAAAUUCAGCAUUGGCGAGUAGAAAUUCACCCAUUGUUAGUGACAUGGAUCUCCAAGAAUUGCAGUGACAAGUAACCUUUUAGGCAUCGCUUGUAGCUUAGGACUUACAUUUUGAGCCUUGUUGUAAAUACAUUUACUGCGUAGAAGUUAUAUUAUUGAGUUUUGUAGGUAUGUUUAUCUGCUGGUACAGUAAUGAAAGUGACUGUCACACCAUUGUAAGUUACAUUGUACUUUAUUUUCCAUUUCCUAGGCCAUGUGGAUGACCUUUUUCCGUUUUUCAUGAGGUAUGCAAAGCAAAUCUUCCCAAUGCUGGAUUGCAUGGAUGAUCUCCGAAGAAUCAGUGACUUAAGGUUACCCCCUAAUUGGUAAGCUGUGAGCUGUUUUCCAGAGUUUAAUCUUGUCGACUACAGACUGUGUUGAAUAAAUCCCAUGCUACAGGUGGCCAUAACACUGAAAAUGCAUGCUUUUUGUGCUCUAUUAUUUUAAUACUUUCCAACCCUUAUAGGAAUACAAGCAUUGCAUAGUAUCCUACUAUUUAGAUAAUCAUCGUCCCGUCUCCCUAUCUGAGAUCAUCAAUCUUGAUGAUCUCAGCCGCGUGUGUAGGAUAUUGCAGGACAGAACCCAGAGAGUCAUUCUACUGCCCCUGGAGCAGGUCAUAGGCAGCAAUGUAAACAUUGCCAGAAUGACUCCCUUAACCCCUUAAGGACCAAACUUCUGUAAUAAAAGGGAAUCAUGACAUGUCCUUAAGGGGUUAAGCUGCAGUGGUUCUGGUGCCUGUAGUGUUCCUUUGAAUAAAUAUAUAUAUAUAUAUAUAUUUAUGCUGUAUUACCUGCUGCACUGCUAGAUUGUAUACCGGAUAUGAAAUCAUAUGUUAUAAUAAUUCACAAACCCAGGGAAUUGUCAAUAAUUUAUCUAUGGAUUUUUGUGUAAAUAAUAUAAUUGUAUUUCAUGAUGUUGAACUUCUUUAGCGAUCUGAGGAUAGUGAUACAGUUAAAGUUUGCAGUGAGCGCAAGGCCUAUGCUGCCUUGUAUAUAUGACAUCUAGCACUGAAACAUAUAUUGCGAGAAAAUGUUACCACUGAGGGAUUUUGAAGACAUCAUAAAAAGCCACAAAACUGAAGGUUGGGGUGUUUAUGGAUGCAUCCAUAUCUGAGAUGACCUUAAAGGGGAAACAAAAUUAUUUUUGUUUGUUUCCCCAAACCUGUGUCCCAACAACCCACCUGUUAUGGAAUGCAUUUCUCACCACAUGUCAAACACUGAGAGAGUUAUUCAUUAAGUGAAUAAUUUUUGGGAAUUCAAAGUGAAUUUCAGAAUAAGCCCAAAGUAGCUGAGCUGGAAAAUGUCUCCUAGUCAGCUAUGCAUCUAGUUUGGCCUUCAAUUUAAAAUCCCCUUGAAAUUCCCAACAGUUCUCACUUUAGUUGAUAACCCAGUGAGACAUUAAUGCUUGCUUAUAGGGAGGUGAUUACUAAGGCAGUAUAACACUCCUUCAAUCUCUUCUCCAAUGGGGAAAUCCUGAAACUAGUAAUUUCAUAGGAGUCAACUUGUGUUUUUUUUAGCACACCAACAACAGAAACGAUCAGUAUUACCAAUUUUACUCUAAUGGGUGUUCGGACCUCCUAUCCGUUUAUUACCCCAUAUCAGAUACAAGUACAGUUUCUAUAGGCAUACAGAUUUUUUUUUUUUGUUAAAGAAAUUACAAUAAAAAGGACGAAGAAAGCCCAGAAUGUAUAUUUGAUGCUUUAGGGGUGUAUUUCAGAAUAGAUGUACGCGCACAUGCCGUGUCCUCAUAAUUUGUUUGCUACUUUUAGAUGUAUACAUUACACACUUGAUGAAACCAUUUUUGGACGGCAUUUUUCAGGAUGUCUGAUCACUAAUUAGAAAGGUUUAUUUUGUUAACACUACUUUAAUAACUUGUAUUGUGGAAUUUUACAGUUUGGUAUAUUUUUUCUGUUUGUUUUUUUGCGUAGGUAUCCUGAAGCCAGAGCUAUACAGCGGAAGAUCAUUUUUCACUCAGGACCUACCAAUAGUGGCAAAACGUACCAUGCUAUUCAAAGAUACCUAUCUGCAAAGUCCGGCGUCUAUUGUGGGCCAUUAAAACUUCUUGCCCAUGAGAUAUAUCAGAAAACUAAUGACGCAGUAAGUGACAUUUGUUGCCUUACAGUUUGCAUACUAUCCCUCUCUGUGUCCGUUUAUCCUGUUAAUAUUAAACGGAAUUAUCCAUCCACAAAAACCUGAGGAUGAUGAGUUCACCAGUGCUGCAGUAGGAGAGAUCUGAGUAUGUCCUCUAAUAAGAAAGUGUUCUUGUGUUUUUUUUUUUUUUUUUUUAUGGGGUAGAUGUGACAAAGAAGGCAUAUUUAUGGUGCAUACCAUUUGUUUAGUAUUAUUAUUAGUAGCAGUAAUAACAUUAAAUUAUUGUUUUCCAAAAAUGUAAAACAUUUGAACAGGCAUAUUAAUGAGACCAAAACGUAUCAAAUCAAUUCAUGUUUUUAUUGACGCCCAGAGUGUUCCUUUAAAUUGUCCUAUGUUUCUGAUACUUGUCUGAAUAUGGAAACCAGAAUUUAGCAUUUCUAGUUUCUUGGCCUUGAUCGAAUGAUUUCUUUAUUUUGGUAUUGUAGUUAUUAGUAAUUAUCCAGUGUGUGUGGAACAUACAUUUUCCACAAGUGAAUUAAUUGUUAUUAGUGUGUAUUUUUGUGUCUGUGAUUUAUGUGCAAUGCAUAUGAAGUACAUUUGUGGUUGCCUUUUAAAGUUUUUUUUUUUUUUUUUUUAUCCGUUUCUUUCUUCUAGUUUGAUUUUGGUAGCAAACUUUAUCAGAGUUUAUGAAGAAAUGUGCUUUACAUUUUUUAUAUGUAUUUCUCCCCUCUCCCUUGCUCUUCUUGCAAAUCUAUACAUCCAACCUGUAGAGUUUUCACAUACAUUAAGUUCUUGUUUUAUUAUUUACUCUUGCAUUUCUUUUUUAGGGCGUACCUUGUGAUCUAAUAACAGGAGAAGAGCUGGUAUACGUAGAUCCAGAAGGAAGGCCGUCAGCACAUGCAGCUUGCACCAUAGAGAUGUGCAGUGUGAAUGCACCUUGUACGUAUUCUACUUAUGUAUAAAUUCCUCUUCAUUUUCUCAUUGCUCCAUUAGUUACAGGAAAUACAAAGAAUUUAAUGUGUGCCUGUCAAGCAACUGCUGCAUGGCAGUGUUUUGUAUAGCAUUCUCUAUAUACGCUGGUCCAUGUGCAAAUAGUAUGAUAGUACUAUAUUUAACUCUUAAGUGUUUAGUGAUAAUAAAACCAUUUCCACUUAACUAUAUUUUAACCCUAGUAUGUUCUGAUAGUUUCUCUAAAAAAAAAACUCAAAAAAAACCCCCUUCAAAUUCACCUGUAAUCCAGCACUGAGACAGUCUCCUCUCGGCAGUCACACCGCUCCCUGUUGAGAUGUUCCUGACAGAUGGUCUCGUCCAGUCCAUUGCUUCUCAGAGGCAUUUGCACCUUAUCGUGUAUGCACUGCAAUUGCUGCAUCCUGUCAAUCAAUUGCUUCCCUGUGAAAAGCAUUCACAGGAUUUGGCAGCAUCAUUCUGGGCAGUCAGUCUAACAGCUGAAUGUAACCAUUGCCAAACUGCAGGAACCAGGUCAGUGCACCAAAGUCACUUCAUUAAUAUAAUGUGAUUUUGGUGCUUAGUGUCCCCUUUGAUAAAGAUGAUGCACAGCCCCUCUCAAAAUAUGUGCCAAGUGCCUAAUGAGGUACUCAGACUUAAAAUAAAAAACAAUUGUACAAAAGGUUUGGAGUAAUCCUUUCAAGGACCCUUAAAGGCAACCAGACCACUUUAACUCAAUGGUGGUCUGGGUGCAGUGGACCUGGAGUUGUAGAAAUUGCAAUGUUUCCAUUGCAGGAUUACACACAUUGUUUUCCUGACAACUAAUAGAGGCAUUACUGCAGAUACAGCCAAGUAAACCCAGGUCAUGUGACCAAGGCAGCUGCUAGGAAAGCAUUGAGGUCAAUGCUUUCCUACGAGAAGCAUUUGGAUACGCAUCAGUCUCCAGUUCUCCUCUAUGAGAAGCAUUGGAUCAGCCAUCGCAGAGAGAUCCAGAUGAUGUUGCAAAAGGAAUAGUGGUUUUUAGAUUUUUACAGCUCAUGGGAGGGAGUAGGGAGGACCUAAAACUAAUCUGACACUAGGACAUUAUACCAUUAGCAAUACAGGUUUAUAUUUCUAACGCUAUAGCGUUCCUUCAACCUAGUUAGUUUUCUGCUUUAUUAUUCAUUACACACCAACUACAUCAAAUGCAUGAAUACAUAUAUUAUUUUUUAUUUUUGGUUUGUUUGUCUUCAGAGAAUUUGUUUAUGAAGUUUCUUUCCUUUCUCUCUUAAGAUGAAGUGGCUGUCAUAGACGAAAUCCAGAUGAUCAGAGAUCCUUCCCGAGGCUGGGCCUGGACAAGAGCACUUUUAGGUAAAAUACUACUUUUGCACAUUUGUCGUUUUCUUCUACUUUUUGAGUAUUCUGAAAUAUAAAUUGACGUACAGUGCCAUAUGUCGCCUGUGAAGGCAGUUAAACAUGUUGUGCAUGUAACCUUUCCAGUUUGAUAAGAGGACAUUAAAUAAUUAAAAUGUGCUGAUGCAUUUCACUUUAAUGCUGUUCAUAAUAAUGAAUUGAGUUUUUUGUUUUAGGUUUAUGUGCAGAUGAAAUUCAUGUAUGUGGAGAAGCUGCUGCUAUUAACCUGGUGACAGAGCUGAUGUUUACAACUGGAGAGGAAGUAGAGGUAGGGUUUACUAUUUCUGUGCAAUCACCGUCUGCAGGGCAUCACUCCUCAUUGCAUUAGAUUAGGGUUUCUCUGACAAGAACGGACUAAUGCUAAAAUCUCAUAAAAUCUGAUUGCGUCUAAAUCCGUAUGACACCCAGAGUCCUUAAAAUAUUACCAUACUUGUUGAAAAAUUGGAAAUAAGAGACAUCCCCAUCUAAUCUAAGCUACCUGCUUUUUUCGUAUUAACUUUUUCUCAAUUAUCUUUAUUAAUUACGAAUGUCAGUUCUUGAGUUUUAAAAAAAAAAACCCUGGAAAUGCAGCAUCCCAGCUUCCUAAUCGUGAUAUAUAUAUAUAUAUAUAUAUAUAUAUAUAUAUAUAGUGUAUUUUUUAAUAUAGACAGUUAUGUAAAAUUAAGGAUCCAUAUUUUUUUUGUAAACCUUAGAGUUCAAUAUAAAAUAUUCCAAAAACAAAUUUUGCAGGCAGCGUGGCACCUAGAAUUUGGUCACCAAUGCAUGCAAGUACAUGUCUGUUAGCCGAUGAUAGGUAAAGGAAUCUACAUGCUAUAUACUGGGUGACCUAGUAACUUUUUAUAUCUAGACUAGUAUGUUUUUAUUCUGACUAGUAUGGCUUUGUGAUAACUAUUUUCAGGACCCAGAAUGAAGCGGCAUGUUAUGACAACUUUAAUUGCCGACUAAAAAUAACAAAUUUUUACCCUGUGCCAUAUAAUUGUAUUACUGAAGACACAAUGCAUAAAGAAUAUUAUCCCAGUCUAUGUGAUACAUCUUCAGUCUGCCAGAUGUAAAAUAUUAAUAGAAAGCAAUGAUGUUGUGUUAAUAACACUUUAUCUAAAUUUAAAGUAUUUUAGGAAAAGGAUACCAAGAGCUUGAAAACUAUAGCAGAAAAAAAAAACCUAUUUCAAAUUUUUUUUUUCAAGAACAUGUUUUAUGAUUGAACAUAAGAAGAUAAGAUGCUAUUUUCUAGGUGCACACGUACGACAGGCUAACUCCUCUUAAGGUAUUGGACCAUGCUGUAGAAAGCCUGGAAAAUCUUCGCCCUGGAGAUUGCAUAGUGUGCUUCAAUAAGAAUGAUAUCUACUCUGUGAGUCGGAAGAUUGAAAUCCAAGGGUUAGAGUGCGCUGUAAUAUACGGAAGCCUGCCUCCAGGUGAGAUCAGCCUUUCCUUGAACAUUGUCUAUUGUAAUAAUUAGUAACUGAAUAUAAUGGAACUUUUCUUAAUUUAGCAUCAUGGUGGUUUUUUUUUUUUUUUUUAACUAAAGUGUGAAUAGUUGGGAAAGUGACCGUUUACAUUUUUGGCCAAAAUAAUAGGAAUUAAAAUGUAGCAUAUUUUGUUGUUGUUUUUUCCCUUUUCCUAUUCAGCCAUUGUGACUUAAAAGUUUAAAUUCAGAAAAAAAUAAAUCACAUUUUCAUAAGUACCCAUGUGAAUGUGUGUAAGCCCAACCUUCCCAUUGAAGUUUCCCAUUGGGUGAAAAUUAAAAUCCACCAAUAUUUAAAAUCUAUAUUGGCAAAUCAAAAUGUAGAAUUACAGGGAAGUUGCUGAUUGUCUCCCAGGAUUCUAUUGUGAAGGAAGUGCAAAUGCAGUGAAAAUCCAAUGCGCUUAAUAAAAUUAACAGGAGGCUCUGUUAUUUAAUUCAGUUUCAAUAAAAACAGUUGAAUAGAUCAAAACAUUAUUAACAUAAAAUACAGGUCGUCUUUGCUGUCAAUCUGAUUUUUGUUUUUUAUGUUAUGUGAAAUACAGAUAAUACACAGCCACGUUUGCCAGAGUAAAAAUAGACUGAAAAAAACCAGUUGCCGUAAUAUAGUUUUUGGUGGAAAUAAAUGCAAAGUAAAAUACUACAUUUUAAAAUGAAAGAAAUUAACUUUUUAAACAUUGAUAUAGACUGUCCUUACAGAUCAUUAUCAUAAUGUUUCUGAUUACCAAUUCACUAAACUCAAAUUUGUAGAGAAUUAUCCACAUGUAACACUUGGUGGAAUGAAAAAAAUAGCUAAUUUGGAAAUAUUCUCCAUCUUGUCUGCCAGAGCAGCUUAGUUAUUUUACCAUUUGGAUGUUAAUUUUCUUCAGUUUGAUAAGGAACCCUGCAUAUUUGCCAACUUAUAUAGAGCACAUCUUGAGCAAAAAAAACAACAAUUUUUUUUGUCCUAACAUGAAAAGCUGGAAAGUAAGUUUGCGCAAAGUUUACACAUUCACACCUUCUCUGUCUUGUGCUUGAAGUUGGCAUGGAUUGUCCAAUGACGAAGAUGUAUUUAUUUUGUAGGGACUAAACUCGCACAAGCAAAAAAAUUCAAUGAUCCCGAUGAUCCUUGUAAAAUCCUGGUUGCCACAGAUGCCAUUGGAAUGGGGCUUAAUUUGUGAGUGUGGAAAUAGUUUUAUUAUUUUUUAUCUUUUUCCAACCACAUUUACAGCACAAUUUCUUUAUCUUCACAAUGCUCUACGGGUGUAACGAUCUCACCUCCAUAACAACUUUACCGAAACUUAUCACUGGCCGUCCAUUGAGAGUCAUAGUGUGUGCUAUUACUAUCAAUAUCCUGUCAGCCCAGCACUCCCUCUGAUAACUGCAGCAGCCGGAGCAUGGAAGAGAGGAGGCAAAAAAAGGUCAGGUGCUGGGGCACCAACUUCAGAGAUAAACAGCCUUUCCACUGAAGGAAAAACAGCACCCAGAUAUUCUUGCCUCCAUAACUUCCUAGAUGUUAAGUUGUUAUGAGAUGGGAGUGUUCGUUUAAGACAGAGAUCUAUACCCCAUGCACUAGCUUCUCAGUUUUGCAAAACGUGAGGUGGAUAUGUGAUCUUUACUGAACAUGACGCUCUAGUGAACAACUAGGGCUCUGGUGAAUUGGGAACCCUUAGAAAUUAGUUCCUCUACUAUACUUGCAGAGGGAACAGAAUUCUAGUAGAUUUUACUGUGAAAGGAUGAGGACUGUUUACAGUACACACGCAUUCAUAUAGCGCAUUGGGUGGUUUUAGAAUUGUGCAGCUUUUAAUUACAGAGAGCUCGAUGUAUAAUCCAGAGUUUUUUCCCUUCACACAAAUCCAACACAUUUUGUCAGAUUAGCAUGUUGUUGAGGUGGAGUGUCGUAUUAACAGGCAGAGCUUCAGUUUCCAGUGAGUUAUAAAUGUUAUUUUCGUACAUGUGAUGUAUAUGUACUUCUGUACAAAUUUAUUUUAAUUGCACCAUUUAGAACGUUGUCUGUCAGACAUACAGCUAUCACUCAGACACACAGCUGACAGACAUAAAUGAGAUAGGGAGCUUUUACAUACAUUAGACCUGUAAUUUCCCCAAAAUGGUCUGUUCAUUUGAAACUGCAUGUGCUGGAUGUCAUCCCUUGAAGUUUGUAUGUGAUGGUCCUGUAUGUGAACCAUCUACUGACUUAUCACAAUGAAUGUUGUAUUUAAUUCGGUCCAUUCUACCCGCCAACAAAAAUAUAGUGAAUAAGGCCUGCAAAAUAUAUGUAUAUCUCAGGACAUACUUGAAAAUGAGAAAAAUCUCAAUGUAUCCUUCCUGGUAAAUAUUCAGUUAAUAUAUAUAUCUGUGUGUGUGCAGGCCUUCUUCCCAAUAUUUAUUUUUAUGUAUAAUAUUAUAUAUAUAUUUUUUUCCUUCCUUUUAGGAGUAUAAAAAGAAUCAUAUUUAAUUCCCUGGUGAAGCCAAACGUUAAUGAGAAGGGUGAGCGAGAGAUCGAUACCAUUUCUACCUCUCAGGCCUUACAGAUAGCAGGCCGUGCUGGUAGAUUCAGUUCGAUGUUUAAAGAUGGAGAAGUCACUACUUUGUACCGAGAGGAUUUAUCUCUGCUGAAGGAAAUACUGCGCAAACCAGUCGUUGACAUUGAGGUAAAUUGUUUCUGUCAUGUCCUAGACAUUCCACAAUGAACAGUACACAAUUAUACCUCUCUGGAAGUCACAUGCAGUCUGAGAUAAUGGGGAAGACUCACUUCAGUUUGGAUGGUAUUGAUUGGCUUUGAACACUUGGCUUACCUUGCCAGUGCUCAUAUCUUAUUGCUACCACCCAAAUUAGAAUUGGUUUUGUACAGAUAACGUGGAAGUGCCAGGAGAGGGUCCAUGCUUUGGGUGCUGCGACAUCGCUGUUUUUGUAGGCUCUGAAACCAAAAAAAAAAAAAACUUUUUAAAAACAAACAGGGACAUUUUGCACUAUAGCAUUUUGUAAUAAGCUAAAGUGGUUAUUGUGUUUAGUGUCUCUUUUUAAAAGGAACACUCCAAUUAAAUUAAUAGAAAAAUAAUGAUGACACACUUAAGAGAAGGAGGAUUAUCAUUUCCUAAUAUUCAGUUAAUUCAUAAUUCAGUAAUGUUUUUCCCAUUUCUUGAAAUGGGGUAAUGAAAAAUCUAGAGAUAAAACAUGGUACAAGAUAGAGAAGGAACAGUGUGUAGGAAUUGAUCCCUUGCUUUUUCUUUGGCUGGACAACAAUGUUCAUAAAUUUAAGAAUCGAUCAUUUUACAAAUGUUUAAAUCAAUUAAUCCAAUAAAAAAACUAUACUUGGCUCAUAAUCAAAUUCUUUCUAAAGCACCUCUAGAAACGACUAAACUAUUUAUAAGAGACCUUGAUUUAACAGAGUGGCUAAGAAAAAAUAUCGUAAAAAUUGGCCAACUAGGAUCUAAUAUUUCUCCUAAUACUUUUUAUGAACUCCAACAGAAAUGCGAUCUGUCUAAUAAAGAAAUAUUUGUCAACUUGUAUGGAUCGCAGCCUUUAAGAUCAUCCAAGAUCAGACAGAUCAUUAACAAAUCUACCCCAGAAAUAAAAAUAAAUACUAUCCUAAAAUGGGCAGACCUAGAUUUUACCACCCCUCACCACUUAUGGACAGAGUCUAUAGACUAUCUCAAAAAGUCAGUACAUUGUAUAAAUAUCUUAGAAAAUUCAUAUAAAAUUCUAAAUAGAUGGUACCUAGUCCCUUCCAGACUAUGUAAAUUUAAGCCUCAAUAUACAAAUCUUUGUUGGAGAUGUAAUGGGGAAGUGGGAACUCUAAAACAUAUAUGGUGGGACUGCUCAAACUUAAAUUCGAUAAAAGACUUUGUACUACACCUUUCAAAAGAAUUAGACCUAAAGAUAUCAGAUUUGACUAUUGAGAACUUUCUCUUCCAUAUAAAUAUUAAAGGUCUAAGGAAAUAUGAAAAAUACCUAAUGAUAGACGUACUAAUGGCAAUAAAGUUUUGUAUCUCAAGAUAUUGGAAGAAUACAAAUAUUCCGUCUGUAACAGAAAUUUUUGCUGAAAUUAACCAUCAAGAAGUUAUGGAAAAAGCGGGGUUUUUUUUUUUUUUUUUUUAAUAACAAUAAUAUUUUGAAAUACAAUAAAAUUUGGUCCAGAUGGUUUGAAUACUAUAACAGGUUUGAUCGAUUUUGAGCUAUCCAACUGGGCUUGAAAGGUAAACUUAUAGUCGCGUCUGAUUUAGUUCAUGAUCAAUCAUAAUUAUUUAACACUACUAAACGAUAUUCUUCUCCCUUCGCCCCCUCAGCGUGCUAGGGGGUCCCCCGUUCCCCCUUGGCAGAUGGUAUCUAAGGCACAUUAUAUCCAUGUUCUGUUGCCUAUUUUGUAUUUCAUGUGUGCAUGGUUCUGUGUAGCCUCUAUGAUAAUGAGAAGCAUAACAAGAACAACUAUUAAAGUCCCUCCUUGUUUUAGGAACUUGGAGGAACCGUAGUCAUAUAGCCUACUCUUAUUUUAAAAAGUGACAAAUAAUAAUUUGUACAUUGCCAUUAUUGUAUGUAUAGGCAGUUAUUCAUGUCAUGUAAUCAUUAAUGUAUCUCCCUAGUGCCCAGUAACAUGGCGGCGACACGCUCGAAAUAAUAAAACUUGUUGGAGGGGCGGCCGCCUAAUUUGCCUGGCCCUGAUUAACUGUGUGAUCCUUUGUUUCAGACUGCAGGACUGCACCCUACUGCUGAGCAGAUAGAAAUGUUUGCGUAUCAUCUACCAGAAGCCACCCUCUCUAAUUUAAUAGUAAGUAUAGGAACGGUAGAUUUUUUAAUUGCAUAUUAGCACAGAUCAUGGCCAUCUCUUUACGCGUGUGUAUCGCUUGUGCAAAACAAAGUGUUUGGUUUACUCACUUAUUUCCUAUUGUGGCACUCUGAACAUCUUUUUCAGCAAAAAUCUAUUUUGCUGAUAUUUUCCCCCCCAUAGACCUCAACAAGGAUAAUGUACAGUCCCCCCUAAUCCUCUGUUUGAUUCCUCUUUCUGAAACUAAGGAAUGAUUGAAUAAGGUGUAUUCUGUAAAUGAAAGCUUCGCUGUUUAACUGAUGUGCCUUGAUUAGUAACCUACAAAUUUGGGAUCCCAUAGGAUCAAGUAGAAAAUAGAACAUUCAUAUGGGCAGAUUUUCAGCUGCUGAUUUUAUUUGUAGUAGGAAAUAAUCAGAUAUGCAGUUUUUCACUCUGCCUUUUCUCUCCAAUUCACAGGACAUUUUUGUAAGCCUUUCUCAGGUGGACGGACGUUAUUUUGUGUGCAAUAUAGAGGACUUUAAAUUCGUAGCCGACAUGAUCCAGCACAUUCCAUUAAACCUAAGAGUUCGAUAUGUGUUCUGCACAGCACCAAUCAAUCGUAAACAACCCUUUGUGUGUACGUCGCUUCUCAAGGUGAGCAAUGUGGUCAAAUCAAUUCAUUAUCAUUAAAAAAAAAAAAAAAAAAGUGACAAUUUCGCUUUAUCUGGCUGAGCAGCGAAGUUGGGUCAGAUUAUACUUUGAUCUCUCUAACUGCUGAUCACACACACUUAUAAUAUACAUUUUAAAAUAUCAAGUUCCAUUAAAUGUAAUAAACUUUUAAAAAUGAGAAGUGAUAAUAUGAUGACGGUUAUCCUUUAACGGAAACUUCACUUCUCCAUUUUAGCGAAACCAGUAGCAAACUUUUAUUUAUUUUCAAUUCUUAAUUAUAUUUCUUUAAAAUUACAAGCCUUGCCAGGCAAACCCUGCAGGGCCGUAUGUAUGGAGCUUGUGCAUGGACGGCACUAUUGGGUAAAAUGUACAGUAAUUCACCAUUAGGCAGCAGGGGGCGGAGAAGUUUACCCAACACGGAACUGCUGUGUCGAUAAGUUUGCUUUUGUCUUCCUUCCCCAUCUACACUGGGUAGAGGAGGGACAAUAAAGUUGUCCUGAUAUUUUAGCAGCUUUUUCAUAUUUUGCAUGUCUUCUGACUUUACGAAAUGUAAAAAUUAUAGAGGUAGUUUUAAUUGUUUACUAAAAUUGCAAAUGGUUUGCCUUUCUCGUAUUUUUUUUUUUUUUUUUUUAAACUGGAUUUAGCAUGGAUUUCCCCCCAAAAUUAAAUAAAUUCAAAAUGUAUGUUUUUUCCCCCCCCCUACUUGUACCUGAUUAGUUGCACUCUGUGUUUUCAUAAUAGUUACUGUUCUUUCCUUCUAGUUUGCCAGACAGUACAGCAAGAACGAGCCUUUAACAUUUGAUUGGAUUUGCCGGCAUGUUAAUUGGCCGGUCGCAUGUCCGAAGACCAUCAGGGAUUUGGUGCAUCUGGAAUCUGUUCAUGAUGUUCUGGAUCUUUAUCUCUGGUUAAGGUGAGUUUUAUAGCGUUGUUAUUAAAAUGAAUAUUCUUCAUAAACACCGUUUACUUUACCAAAAUGUUGGAUGUUUUAUAGUGAGACUUAAAAGCAGUCAGGAAAUUAGUCAGUGACAAUGACUCCGUUCUCCAGCAGUAAGAGAUAAAUAAUACCCCUUUAAGUAGAUAUGGUAGAAAAUAACAGUAGAAACGUAUAAUGGAAUACUGCAAACACCAUAAUCACUACAACCUAUUUAGUACUAUUGGACAAUUUAAUGGGACCUUGCUUGGCAACCAUGGCUGCACACCCUGUUUCUGGUCAUGUGUAGCUCUACAGAUAGUACCUGUAGUCCUGGAGCCUCAAAUAAGUUGUCAAACCAUACAAAAUCGGUUUGACUACGUGACAUGGAAUAACAGCAGGCUGCAGUGGUUAUGGUGCUUGCAGUUUUAAUGUAACAUGGCUUGGGAACAGUUAGACUGCUGUCCUUACUCGUGAAGAUAGUAGGUAAACUAACAAAUAUAGUCCAUCUUGACUAUAAAAAAUCCAAUUCCGUAAGGGAUACUUUAUUUUCCAUUAGAACUUAAAUGGGCCUGUGAUGCUUAAAGGGACACUAUAGUCACCAAAACAACUUUAGGUUAAUGAUGAAGUUUUGUGCAUUGAUCAAUUCACUGAAGUUUAACUACUCAAUUCUCUGCCAUUUAGGAGUUAAAUCACUUAUUUCUGUUUGUGCAGCCCUAGCCACACCUCCCCUGGAUGUGACUGACACAUCCUGCAUAAAAACACAUGGUUUCAUUUCAAUCAGAUGUUACGUACUUUAAAUGUUUUUAUCUCCUGCUUUGUGAACUGAACUUUAAUUAUAUAUAGGAGGCUUUUGCGGGGUCUGGCAAGAUAUUAACAGAGCAGGAGAUAUAUUUUUUUUUAAAUCAAACAAUCUGUAACAAAGGGAGUGUAAACACUAGAUCUCUUUACAGGAAGUGUUUAGGAAGGCUGUGAAAGUCACAUGCAGGGAGGUGUGAGUAGGGCUGUAUAAACAAAGUGAUUGCAGGGUCAUGAUCUAUAUAAUAUAACUGCUUAAUUAAGCUAAAACUGUUUUGGUGACUAUAGUGUCCCCUUGAAAAGUUACCCCAAGCACCAUGACCACUUCAGUGAUUUGAAGUGGUCAUGGAUUCUGUAUGUAAGCGUUUAGCUGUGGACCGCUGCCUGUAUGUGGUUUAACCCCUCUGCUGCCAGAUAUAAAGUAAUUAGAGAAAAUGUGACCAAGCAGAAUCAGUUCAUCAUGGGGUUUGAGCAAGGCAGCAUUAGUGUAAAUUGCAAACAUAAUUUUUGCAGUUCUGUUUUUAGAUCACGACUAUUUGUCGUUUAGUGAAUAAAUGCCACACAAGUUAUUCAGUAGAAUUGUGGAUUGUCAGGAAUUCACAAAGAAUCCAAAGGAAAUAUCAUGCUUUUAAGCCUACAUAGCUGAACUGAAAAAAAAUCGCUGAUUUGCACAUCCUCCCCUCCCCCCCCCCCUAAUUUUGCUAUUGUUGCCUAAAACUUGAAAUUUACUUUAAGUAAGUGUAGAGGAGAAACCCUAUCAUGAAUACAGGCUGUUCCUGUGCCAGUACUCCGGCAACCAGAAAGUUGGACACAUAGUAAAACACUGCUUAUAUGGAAUUUCAAUUUGUGUUAAGUUUUAUUGCAUUAUUUGUCCAGAACAUGUCGCACGAAAUUUGGCGAAUGCUGGUUAUCUCCUUACUCACAUUUGUCGUUCAAAACUCUGGUAUAGAUGUGAUAUGAAGGAAUCUUCUAUCUGGUGAGGGAGAUUACUAAAAGAUAAUGGCAAGCAGUAGAAUUGUUGGUGAAUUUAAAGGGAAAUUAUUGUGCCGGCAAAACAAGUUGUUUUCCUGGCACUAACUUCCUAUAAUGCCCCCUUCCUCGUGGCACCCCUCCCUUCUGUCACUUGCCUGAUUCCAGUGCUGGUUCAGGUUCUUCCUCUGCCAUCGGCCAGUACCUAAUGUGUGUCUGCACGCCUCGCUCGCAUUAGGUCUUCCCCCAUUGUGUAAUGCUUUCCUAUGGGGUUUUGGGUGACGCUGGAUGUCUUCAUGCACACAAUGAGGACGUCCAGCGCCAGUUAAGCAACCAAAAGUCAUGUAACCACCCGGAAGUCCCUCUAGUGGCUGUCUGGUAACCAAAGACAUUAUUGCAGUUUAUCAAUAACUGCAAUAAUUACCACUGCAGGGUUAAGGAAACUGGGACACUGCACCCAGACCACUUCAAUGAGCUGAAAUGGUCUGGGUGCCUAUAGUGUCCCUUUAAGCAUUACACUAUUGCUGGCUAGAGUUAUAUAACUUAAAUGUACUGAACUUUUGUAUGCAUCUGCUGAAGAUUUUUUUUAUUUUUUCCUCUCCUCUUUCCUCAGUUAUCGCUUCAUGGAUAUGUUCCCUGAUGCUAAUCUGGUAAGGCAAAUACAGAAAGAACUGGACUCCAUUAUCCGAAUGGGAGUAUACAACAUCACUAGGCUAAUCCGUGCCUCAGAAUCUAGUGGCCCUGUUUCUGUUGGUGAAACUGCCACACAUGACAAUGCCAAAGAUGACAUGCUUCCGAACCAGCUGCACAGACGACCUAGGAAAUCCAAAUUAGCCCAACCUCCACCCAGCAAAAUAGAGGGUUCUCUUGCAUCUCGAUUAAUUGACCAAGGCCUUCUUACCCCAGAUAUGUUGCAUCAGUUGGAAAAAGAGUGGUCAAAACGCCAGGAUGGACACCAGAUCAAUGCAACAAAAACUAAAUCUUUUAAAGGAAAAAAGUAGGGUGGACUCAAAAGUGACAUUUUAAAUGGACAAAAUAAAUAAUAAAAAAAAAAUGCAAAAAAACAAUUUACAAUUUUCAAACCUUUUGUUUUCAUGGUUCUAUUAUUUUCUUUUUACUUUUAAUUUAUGGUCUUAUAGGUGAAUUACUAUAACAUACUCAAAUCAGCUAAUAUUGGUCAAAUCCAUUCAGAGAAUAUUUGUGUAAAUAUUUGUCACAUUGCAUUUCUUUGUCCUAAAUGAGGUCACGUCUAUUGGCAUAGGGAGCAUUGAGAACCAAAAUUACAAAUAUUCCCCCCCCACAUCUUGCUCGAAG